UCACGAUGGGUUUAGUCAGUUGAUGUUUUCAGCAGAAGUACGUGAUAAGACGUUCGCGAUGAUCGAGAACGAAAGAAACUGCUCUGUUCGAGCAGAUUCGUACGUAUUACAGUACAAACUGGAUAAGUCUGAAGUGGUUAAAAGUGUUGGUCCCAAACUUGUUCCAUUCCUAAAAACGGUCUGUGUUUACUUUGUGGCAUGGGUUCCAGAGACAGAGAAACCAACAGUUUUUGCUGCUCUCCUGAAAAUUCUUCCAAUCCUGAGUCUUUGUAUAUUUGUCAGCCUGCAAGGAAUCAGUCUUGAGAGGGAACACAACUACAGCAGGAGAAUCCUCUUGGGUCUCAUCUUCUCAGCCAUUGGUGAUGUUUUUCUUGUGUGGAAAAACGCAUACUUCAUUCAUGGCAUGGCUGCAUUUGGUAUUGCUCACAUUUUGUAUAUUCGAGCCUUUGGGUUCCAACCAAGAAACCCCCUUGUAGGAUUACUCUGUGUCUUGCCAGGUUUGUUAGUAUACUACAUACUGUACCCUGGACUUGAUGGAAAGCUGGUUAUUCCUGUCCUGAUAUAUGGUUUCGUGGUCACUGGUAUGAUGUGGCGGGCUAUAACUGGUGUCCAAAACCAAAUUGAAGAGAAUGGAUUGUGUCGCUGGACAAAGAUGAGCGCAUGCUUUGGGGCUGCUUUGUUUUACCUCUCAGACAAUAUCAUUGCCAUCAACAAGUUUUGUUUUCCUGUCCCUUGGGCAAGAGCUUUGAUCAUGACAACUUAUUAUGCGGGUCAAAUGGGCAUUGCUGUGUCAGCUUUCAACCUUGAGGAGGAGUACAACCUUAGAAUGAAAAGCUGUAAAAAUUUUGAGUAGUUCCAUUGCAGAAAUGUCAGUUAUUCUUUGUUUUCUUCUGCUUAUUUAAAAUACCAGUGGUUAUAAAAAUAUAUCUUCUUUUUCCUCAAAGAGGGGUUUUCAUCUUGAUGUAUUUUCAUCAAAGAUUUCUAUUGACACAGAAAAGACAGUCUUUUUGGUUAGACUUUUUGAGAACCAUGAAACUAUGAGCCUAUUAGAUGAGACAAUUAGAACAUGUUAGACCAGCUUUGCUGUUUUUUUGUUUAGGGGGGAUGAUAAUUUAUUUUUUCUAAGAGUUUUAAAUACAGGGAACAGUGGUAUUUAUAAACUUAAUAAAAUUACAAAAUCAUGGAAUAUAAUUUUCUAUUAUUGUACAUUUAAUUACAUCAAUUUUGAAAUGAGUGGUGAUCCUUGUCAUCCAACCGGCUCUCGCAUGAGCAAUUUCAGUCUCCAUUUGUUCUCGCCAGUAAGAAUGGUGCACCACAAUUAAUUAGAAUUCAAAGGUGGUGUAAGGAAUCAAUCAAACAGAGAAAGAAGGAAAGACAUAAAAGAGAUUCAGUGGCAAAGUUUGUAUUUUAAGGUAAAGCCAGAAAUGGACAAAUUUGACAUCAUAACCAACAAUUGCAAGAUCCUGCAUUUGAGCUUGUCAAUUAAACCAUAAUUUCAAAAUGGAUGGAACAAGGUAGCAAUUCGACUUUGUGUCAAUUUAUUUUUCCCACGUUCAUUCACUAUGAAGAGGUUUCAACAUUUAAGGCCAAAAUGUGCUUCUUUUAGGCCAGUGUAGAUCACUGAAAUUGACCUUCUUCUACUCAAAAGCGAGAGAAGUGGUAUUUUGAGGAAAAGUCUUUUUUGAUUAUUUUGAUGAUAAUCCAGUGAACCAUAAACAUAUUUGUAUAUUUGUCGUUUUCGGUAUUUUUUCUACGGUAAGCAGUUUGUUUUACAAGAUAUAAUGAUGUAAUUUGCAGUAAAUGUUGUGGACUUGAAUUUGAUAUUACUUUCACUUUAUUUAAUAUUUAACACAUAUGCAAUGCAAAAGUGCUAUUGCUAGUGAUGAACUUUUUGCUAAAAAAAUGGAUGUUAAUUGAAACAAAACUAAUUUCUAUUUGUAUUCUACUGCUUUAAAGAUAUUAAUAUAAGUUUCCUGUAAAUCUAAUAUACAAGUGAAAUAUAUAUCUCCUGGCAGAAGCAAGGUGAACUACUCAGUGAAAAUUUACAUAUAAUAUAUAAUUACUCUUAAGAAUUGAAAAGAAUGCAAUGGACAAGACAUUCCUAUUUUAGGGUGCUAAGCUCAUUGUAAAUUGUGCAAAGUAUUGCUUUAAAUAAAAAGGGAAAUUAUUUAAGAUCUGAAA